AUGACAGUCAGAGUGUUAGACGCGCAGGGAAAGCCAACUCGAGGAGAUAAUAUUCAAGGAGGCGAUGGGCUAUGGAUAUUAGCUGAAGUCGAAGAAACGGCAGCGCUUCGGGCAAAGGGAGUGCUCGAAGAGAUUGAGCAGGCAGAUUUGCCAGAAGGAGCAAAAGCGAUUAAGAUUAUGUGGAUGUACGCGAUCAAAACGGAUCACCAAGGCUAUCGAACAGGAAUCGAUUUCAUCGAAACGUUUGCAUCUGUUGACCGUAUGGCAUCAUUCAGGUUAGUACUUGCCAUUGCAGCUGAACUGGAUCUGAAAGUGUUGGGUGAUAUCAACACAGCUUAUCUGAACGCGUGUUUGGCGAUUCCGCAGUUCAUCAAGUCAAUCAAGGAGUUCCCUUGUGCGGUUGAUGGUCCUUUGUACAUCGUGAGGAAGGAUCUUUAUGCGUUACGUCAACCUGGACGUGAAUGGGACUCCAAACUAAAUAAUUGGCUACUUAGGCAAGGUUUUCAACGCCGUGCAACUGAACCCUGCUUAUACUUCAAGUAUGGCCUCUUCGUAUUCCACCUACGCCAGAUACAAUGUUGCACAAAUUAUAUUGAAAUUGAUGUGCUUGUUAUAUCUUUGAUCGCUACUUACGUAUUUGACAACUUCCUAGACUGUCGGGAAAACCAGUCGGUCCGUCCGUAA